CGAAAAUCAUCGCUUCGCUUCGCUUCACGCUGCCUUUGCCUCAUACAAGGCACUCCUGCAAAUCGCACUGUGCUUCUAGUGCAGCGCUUUCUCCCCUUUUGAACGGCGACAUUGACCAUCUAACCAUGGACCCUUACGACAGCGACUCUUCCUUCGACGAUGAGGGGGAUUUCACCGAGACCGGCGUGCUCUUGGGCUACGCCGCAGAUGAGAUUGUAGACGACACAAUCAGCCACCUUGGAGGACGUCCGACCUGGCUCGACGACGCUACCCCGCCUCCCGGCGAAUUCGCCAAAUGCAAAGUCUGCAACUCGCCUAUGCUUCUCCUCCUCGAACUACAUGGCGACCUUCCCGACGACUUUCCCGAUGAUGAGCGACGUCUGUACAUCUUCGCAUGUCCCAGGAAGCCCUGCAACCGCAAGCCCGGCAGCAUCAGAGCCCUGCGCGCUACCCGCAAGCUGAAGAGCGAACCCGCCCCCCGGCCCGCAAAGGAGGAAGUCAAUGAGAUUCCGACCGAAGCCCCUGUGGAGGAAGAAGAAGAAAAAGAACAGAAGCCAAAGAGCGAGGCCCCCAAGCCGGAUCUCGGCGCAAGCCUAUUCGGUUCCUCCUCCCUGACAGGCAGUGUCUCCGCCAACGCCAACCCAUUCUCCCUCGGUGGUAGUGGUAACAGCAACCCAUUCUCCAGCAACAACAACAGCAACAGCAACAGCAACCCAUUUGCCGCCCCCGCCCCCUCCCCUGGCCUAGCCGUCAAACCAUCCACCCCGGCCUCAACGACCGCCGCUGCCGCCAAUUCUCUCUCCGAUUCCUUCGCCGACAAAGUCCGGGUUUCCUCCCCACCCCCAGCAGCAGCAUCUCUUCUCAAGACUCUCACUCCGCCCGAGGAAAGCCCCAGCCCCGCAACCCCCUGGCCCGCCGAUUCCGACUUCCCCGCCCCCUACCCGCAAUUCUACCUCGAUGCCGAAUACGAGACGCUAUCGCGGCCGUCGACGCCCACAAUCCCCGACAACGUGACGAUCGACAACAGUGAAGACCCCAGCGGCGGCGGCGGGGCCGACCUCAAGGACGCCUUCGAGUCCGAGCUCGACAAGGCCUUCAUGCGCUUCUCCACCCGCCUCGGUCACAACCCGGAGCAGAUCCUCCGGUACCAGUUCCGCGGCACCCCGUUGCUCUACUCCCACACCGAUUCCAUCGGCAAGCGCCUGCACGAGGUCAUCGCGCACAAACCCGCCAACACCAAGAUCGCCACGACGGGAGGAGCCCCAUCUCUCUCUAGCUGCAUCCCGCGCUGUGAGUACUGCGGCAGCGAGCGCGUAUUUGAGUUCCAGCUCGUGCCGCACGCGAUCAGUGUGCUCGAGGACGGCCGCGAGGGCGUUGGCCUGGGUGAUGCUGGCAUGGAGUGGGGGACGAUCAUGUUGGCGGUGUGUAGCCGGGACUGUGGGCCCAAGGAGAUCGGAGUCGUGGGAUACCGUGAGGAGUGGGCGGGCGUGCAGUGGGAGGAGGCUGCUAAAUAGAUCUUCACGUCUUCCUCCUCGGCCUUUCCACCUCACUGCUACUCUCUGCCUAUACCUUACGCGUGACCCAUGAUGUUCUGAUAUUGAUGAUGACCAGCUAUAUACACAUACUCUUCCAUAUUCAUAGACACAUACCUCGAGCUGUUUUGCUCCUUGAAAAUGAAAAGUUUAUUUUAUUCGAU